AUGGGCCUUCCAGCGUUAUGGGACACGAUUAAGAAGCACGAAGAAAGCGUACCCGUCGCGCAGCUCGCCGAAGAGCAUCACCGGCGUCAUGGCAGAUCACUCCGCAUUGCUGUCGACGAGGCCGAUUGGCGCUUCAACAACCUCACGGUGCAGCAAGUCUACACCAUAUGGGAGACCUCCAACGAGUACGCCUACCAAGGCAUCGAGAAAGCCAUGUUCUACCGUAUCUGCCGCCUCCUCACCCUAAACGUUCAGCUUAUAUUCGUCUUCGAUGGCCCCGGUCGACCUUGGAAGCGGGGAAAGCGAGGUGGAGGACGGAUAAACUACGAAGAGCAGCGCUUGCUCAAGGAGAUGCUGCAAUACUUUGGGAUCCCAUACCACGAGGCCCCAGGAGAGGCGGAGGCGGAGUGCGCUCGUCUGCAGAUUUUGGGUAUGGUUGACGCGGUCUGGUCGCAAGACUCUGAUUGCCUCAUGUUUGGCUGCACCCUCUGGCUACGGGAUCACCGUGUUGCGAAAGAAAAGGGCACAACAGACAGAUCCAAGGAGAACACCAAGAAGAAUGGGAAAUACGCCAACGUUGUACGAGCACACGACCUUAAAGAGAAAUAUGGCCUAGACCGAGAAGGGCUGGUGCUUUUUGCCAUGCUUGUAGGUGGUGACUACGACGUGAAAGGUCUACCACAGUGUGGGCCGGCUCUAGCCUUGCAGGCAGUCAAGCAAGGACUCGGUCGGCGGCUUUGUGCCUGUCGAGAUCAGAUGGAGUGCGGCAUGUGGACUGUGGAGCUGGCCAUGUUCCUGGAGCGGAGUGCUCGCGGGCGCGCUAUCGAAAUCCCGCCAGCCUUCCCAGACUUCAAGACCUUACAGAAGUACUACAAACCGAAAGUCACCAGCGACACAGAUUUACUUAGCAAGUCGCGCCUCAACCUUGACUAUCUUCGCCCGAUCCAGGAGCUGAAGUUGCUUACACUUACCAGCGAGCGCUUCAACAUAUGGGGACGUUUAUACAUGAACUGGGUUGGGCCUGUGCUGCUGACACGAAGCCUGAUAGCAAGAGAUCCAUCUCUAUCGCAAGAACUGGUCCACGGCAUCAGGCUCACAAAGCAAAAAGCGAAGAAGACCGACAACGAACUGACCAUGCGCACUUUCGAACGUAAGCUUACCUUUUCACCCUUUGGCGUCACUACCCUGAGCAGAGCCGACUUCGAAGGUGAGCGCUUAGGGUGCUGGAAUGGAGACAAGCAGACCUUGUUUGACCCAGAGCAUCGUGUCGAAUGCGAAUAUCCCGAGUACUGGCUGCGUAAAGUUCUUCCGCCGGACGUACUGGAACCGCCCCCUGCACCACCAAAGCGUACGCCAAAACGCAAGCGACCAAUAGCUGAAGUUGGGGAAGACGGCGAAGCCUCAGGCACAGCUAAGCGAAAACGAAAUCCAGAGGACCAGCUGCAAAGGCCAAGUCUCAAGAUACGCAAAUGA